CCAAGAGAAGUUCACAGGUGGCGCUCUUCACGAGAAUGGUUCUGGGCAAGUUGGUUUCCUUUGAACCAAUUUUGUUCCCUUUUUAAAGAGGAAAUUUGAAAAAAAUCAAGUACUAAAAAUAGUCUGGAGAAGAUGUUUGUUUCCUCCUGCACUCCUGCAAUUAAACCCAGCCCACCAAUAGUCCUGAGCCAACACUGACCUGCUGGGUGAAUAUAGACUCAUUGCAACAAGUGAAAGGAGACUGGAGACCUUCUCCUGAGAUGGCAGGGAUGCUUAACUACUACUUCCUCAUCUGGGCUGUAAUAAUGAGGAUCUCUGGCAGGCACCUGGCACCGAAAGCCACGCCUCAGGAUCCCAAUGAUAGACCCAGCCCCACAGUGCUAGGCGCUGCACAAACGCAGCCCUGCCCUGCCCCCGAAGAGCUUACAACAUGGUGUCCGACGCUAAAUCCCAGCGCGGGAGCUUCUUCCUCCUUACACCUGCGGUGCUUAGUGCUUUAUCCAAAGUGCAUGUCAUGCCACUGGACUCCACAGGAUGGUGCUGCAUCCAAUACAACAUUCCACCUCAGAUACAAGAGGAGGGGAGUAACAGAAGCCGAAGAAUGCAAAGACUAUGUCACCAGUGGCCCCAACUCCUGCUACUUCAGCCGCACCAACCUGUGCCUGUACUUGACCUAUGAAAUCUGGGUGGAAGCUGGGAACCAGAUGUCAGAGAAGCUGAUUGUUAACACUGAAGACAUUGCUAAAACUGAACCACCAGAGGGCCUGAAGGCCACUGGAUUUGGUACCCACUUCUCUGUAGAAUGGGGGUACCCACCUGGUGUGGCAGCCUCCUAUUUCCCACUGGUGUUUGAGCUUCAGUACCAAGAACAGGGGAGUGGCGAAUGGGAGCAAGAGCCUGAUGUGGGUGAGCAGACCAGCUACUAUGUUUAUGAUGUGAAGCCAGACACCGUGUACCUCCUGGCAGUCCGCUGCAAGAACUCGGACGGGAAAGGCUUUUGGAGUGACUGGAGCACCCCAGUUACAGUCAGUUCUGGCCAAGCCACAGCAAAACCAGUGCAAUCUCAAGCACAGUGAAAUAGAAGAUUCACCACACAAGGCAAUGGUUCAUCUAGCCCAGCAUGCUGCCUCUGGAAGUGACCUACACCCAGAGCUUUGUUAACAGCAUCGCAAUAGACAGGGCGUGUAAAUAUUGGGUCCCAAGAGCAGAUUUGUUUUUUGUGAUUCAUUUUGUGAAAACUACUGCUUCUUAUUAAGUAAAAGAAACCAUAAAAUCUAA